GGGAGCCUCGCCUGGAUGCUGACUCCAGCUCGGGGGCUGCUCAUUCCCCCGAUGAGCGAGGGCACCGGCACAGGGAGAGCCCCCUCCCCGCGCUCCGCUCCGCGCUCGGGCUGAAGUUUUUGCACGAGGACCUGCUCCGCUUUCUCAAGGAUUGUACCGCCGCCGCUCGACUUUGCGCCUCCAGACGUGCCUUCCCCGACCCCUAAGAUGAAGAGGGCGAUAGCUGAAGGAAGCAAACUGCUGAUUUUGGUGCUUUGCUUGAACAUCCAGUCAGAAGUGGAGUCUUGCCCUGGAGCGUGUGUGUGCUACAGUGAACCGAAGAUCACAAUAAGUUGUCAGCAGCAAGGACUGACAGCAAUCCCCACGGAGAUACCCAUCCAGAGCCAGCGCAUCUUCUUGCACAACAACAAGAUAACCCUUGUGAGGUCCACCAGCUUCACGUCGUGUCGCAACAUGACAAUUCUUUGGAUCCACUCCAACAACAUCAGCCUCAUUGAGCCUGGAGCCUUCUACGGACUCAACAAACUGGAGGAGUUGGAUCUCAGUGACAACACGAACCUGAAGUCUAUCAAUCCCGUCACUUUCCGUGGUCUUGUUCACCUCCACACCUUACAUCUGGAUCGUUGUGGGCUCAUGGAGCUCUCCACGGGGCUUUUUCGAGGGUUGUUUUCCUUGCAAUAUCUCUACCUUCAGGAUAAUAACCUGCAGAACCUGCUGGAUGACACCUUCAUAGAUCUGGCGAACCUCACCUACCUGUUUUUGCACGGUAACAAAAUCAAGAGCUUAUCAGAGAACGUCUUUCGUGGGUUAAUCAACCUCGACCGGUUGCUUCUGCACCAGAACAGAGUCAGCCUGGUCCACCGCCGGUCUUUUCACGACCUUGGGAAAGUGAUGACCUUGUAUCUGUUUAACAACAACCUGACCGUGCUCACAGGGGAAACCAUGGCACCCCUGGUGUCCCUCCAGUAUCUGCGCUUAAAUGGCAACCAAUGGAUCUGUGACUGCCAGGCUCGGUCUCUCUGGAAUUGGUUUAAGCAGUUUAAAGGGUCAUCUUCAGAGCUGGAGUGCCACCUUCCACCACGCUUGGCAGGGAGAGACCUCAAAAGGCUGCAGAGCUCUGACUUGGAAGGAUGCAUCGACUCUUUCAACCAGAUUCGAACGAGCGUUUUUAGCACUAAGACCAGAUCUGGUAAACUGGCCACCGGGAGUCCACCUCUCAGCUCCCAUGAUGGCUCCAUGAAGUGCUGCCAGUCAGAAAUGGAUAAAUCUUUUAUAUACGAAGCUAAAGGCAAGGCAGGUCCUUCUUCCCACAGCAGCCGGCCGUCCUCCAACAACCCUCUCAAGGAUAAGGAGAACAUGUCCAAAACCAAGUACGUUGAGACGGACCCUUCCAAAAACGGCAGCAACAAGCAGAUAAACGAUUCCCCUUUUGGGACCUUCCCCAGCAUUGUAGACCCUCCAUUGACCAAGUUGAGACCAGAGUUUCUAGAGCCUAUUGAACCUUCCACAGUCCCAACCAAAAAGAGGCAGGGCUGCUCUAAAAAGAACAAAUCAAAGGCCCAGUGCCGCCUCACCCAGCAAGGAAACAGCUCCACGUUACAGCUCAGCCUAAGCCUUUUGAUCCCCCCUUUGGUGUGGAGCUUACUGUUACUCUGCUAAAAUUAACUCUUUUUCCUGGGUUGAUGACACUUUAAUACUAGACUUUUGCUGACCUCCAUAAAUGUUGCAAACAAAAGCAAACUACCAUCCGCCCCGAGAAAGCUUUGUUACACAAAAGUUAACUGGAUGCCUUUAUAUAAAAACAAAACACACACACACAAACAAAAAAAACAACACAAAACAAAAGCAAACAAAAAAGACAAACAAAAAGAUGUACAUAAUUUAUUUGUCCUGAUACCUGUGAAUUAUACCUUUGGUCUUCGGAACUGCACUUACUCACAAAGCAGGUUUUGCUACAGCAGAUGAGAAAGAAAUAUGGUUUAUUUACAGGAAAAAAAAAAAAAAAAGUGUAAGAAAUGGUCUGAAAAGAAUGUCUGAAAUCUGUUUGUAACUUGACAUCACACUGAACAGUAUUGCAGGUUCCCAUUUGCAGAGGUAAUGAAUUUGAUGCUGUUUUAAUCCUAUGUUUAUGAAUAUUGCAGUUUUUUCCGUAUCCAUUCCAUCACACCAUGUUUACGGGCAGCAUUUGUUAAAGAAUGCUACCUUUUCCUUCACAAGAUUGCAGUAUAUAUAGAUAUGCAUUUUAUUUUACUUGUGUACAAGUAUAAAAAAAAAUAUAAAAUAAAGAUUUCUUUUUCCUAAGUGGUUGUCAUCUGCAAGGGACAAAGCACGGCUAAAAAGCUGAAAAAUUAAAAGGGUGUUGAGUAAUACCCAAUCUGAAAGCUAGCUCAGCAUUUAACAUGACAGUAAUAAAUAAGACAUACUCGGCACAGUUAUGCAAGCUUUAAUUGGUGCCAACGAAGGGUUUGUUUGCACAAAGCUCUCUCUCCUGGUGCUCCUGCUUCCCUUUGAGCUGUCCCAUAUGCUCCCCCAACGCCAUUCAUAUUUCAAGAUGCUCAGAAUAGUAGGACUUUUUAGCUGGAGCUGAAGACUCCAGGUUGGAGAUAGAGGUGAAUAACCUCUAGAAGUCAGAUAGGGACCUCGAAGUAUUGAUGUCUACGCAUGCAAGAUCAGUCUGUCACAGACAGGUGGCAUGCAGUGCUAAAUGGGAGGACCUCGUGCUCAGGCACUGCCCAGAGAAGAGAAAGAACGUUGUUCCAGGUGUACCCAAGGCCCUGGGAACAUGUGAUAGAGGAAUAUUUGUGCAAGUGAGGCUGAGGGUCUCCAGGCUUCCUGGGCAUCAGUGAGGUUUGCAGCAUUGGGAUUGGUGUUGAGCAUCACAGAAGAGCUAUGCAUGGAGGAGGGAAGGAGAGAAGGAUAACAGCAGGGCCACAGCUUAGUACGAGCCUGACUGUAUGCUGAUGGCGAGGAGGAGGAGGAGAAGACAACCACAGGAAGGAGGGAGGCAGGGUGGCUGUGUGGCAGCAUGAAACUGGGAUCCCAGUAGAGCUGCCUGAUACCCUUAUAACUCCAUGACCAACACAAGCACUGAUUUCUGCAGCUAAGUCAGGCAGGUUUCUGUUCAAAUGCAUUGCUCAGCCCAAAAGGUGAAGCAGUAUCAGCAGAACAGAAUUCAGUAUCCUGUGCUGGGAUUCACAAAUGCCUUGAUACAGCCCUGACAGUCCCUCUGCCUGCAUGCAUGUCCAGUUUGUGUACACACAGGUGAGUAAUCAGCACCUUGCUGGCUGCUUUCUGCCAUCCUUGCUUGGAUUUGUCCCCUUCAUGCCAGUGCUGAAGGAUUUUCUGAGAUACUGCAUGCCUGAGGCAGGAGCUGUCUUAAAACACCUGAGAGCAUCUUUAUGAGUCUUGAGGGGUUCAACUCUAUAGCUGAAACUGAAGCACAGUAGCAGAGAACAGCUCAGCCUGGCUUGGCUGCAGGAUCAACACCA